AUGUUCCAUCCAAUUCUUAGUGCAGUGUUAAAAGUAAGCACAUUUCUACAAACUUCAAACAUAAAUUUGUUGACAGCUGUGGAAGUAGUAGAUUCGUUGAAAGAAUCGCUCAAAAAAAUGAGAAAUGAGGAAUAUGAGUUUCAAAAUAUUUAUAAAAAUACUGUUAAAUUAUGUAAUGAUAUCGAUAUUCCAAUUCCAGCUACAAAAAAAAGAAAAAUUUCAUCAAAAGUAGAUACUUCUYAUACCAGCCAGUAUUUCUUUAAAACUAAAGAAGAAGAAAUGAAAUUAACUGUAUAUAAUACAGCUUUGGAUCAAAUGAUCAAUGGAAUAUCUAUUCUUUUCAAUCAAGAAACAAUUAACAUGAUUAAAAGUAUAGCUAAUUUAAUAAUUUUACAAACGAAUGAUGACGAUAUAUGUACAUUAGCUACAUCAUUUAAUCUAGAUACAGAGACUUUACUAACAGAAAUACGACUCUUACAAAAUUACGACAGUGUUCCUAAAAACGAAUUUAAAAAUAAAUGUGAUGAAUUGAUUAAAUGGUUAACUUCUUGUGAUAGACAAAAUAUUUUCCCUAGUAUCUUAAAAGCAUUAAAGUUAUUUGUUACAAUACCAGUAACAAGUUGUAGUUGUGAAAGGACUUUUUCAAAACUAAAUAUAGUUAAAACAAAAUUWCGCAGUACUAUGGGUCAGGAUAGAUUAGAUGGACUUUUAAACAUGUUUAUUGAACAGGAACAAGCGUAUAAUGUUGWUUAUGAAGAAGUAAUAAAMAUUUUUAAAACAUUGGACCCUACCGCAAAACGACGUAUGGAACUUUAA